AUGGUUGGGAGUCAGACGAAUUUUCUAAUUUGUUUUCUUUUUACUGUGUACGCAAUAGAAACAAUCAGUGCAUCCAGGGUACUUGUUGUGGCACCAAAACUUUUUCGUUGCAAUGAAGAGGAAAGAAUUUUGAUCACUGCAUUUGACAUUAAUAAGCAGCCUGUGCCUUUCCAAGUGAAGCUGGAACACGCCACACAUGGAAAUUUGAUUUCAGACCAAAAGAUUUACGUCAGCAAAGAUCGCCCCGGAAUGGCCAAUUUGACUGUUACUCUUAGAGACCUCACCCACCGAAUGUCUGCCUCUUCAGACAUCUUUGCCCAAAAGAAGGAGAUACCAGUUGAGCUAAACACAGGCUACAUCUUUAUUCAAACUGACAAACCCAUUUAUAAUCCUGCACAAACUGUGAAAAUCCGAAUUGUAAGUCUCAAUGAACAUAUGUUACCUGAAAAAGCUCCAAUAGCUUUCAGUAUACAGAAUCCACGUGGACUCAUCUUGUAUUCGCACCAGUUUACCACGAGUCAUCCAUUCAUCAACACCACAUACGAACUAACUGAACACCCACCUCUUGGGAAUUGGACAAUUAGAGCUGGAUAUUCAAAUGGGAUGCAGACUCGAGUAAAAGCUAAAUUCCUGGUUCAAAAAUAUAUGCUUCCUGUGUUUGAAGUGAAAAUUCAGGUCGAGCCACAAUUUAUUGUAAGAAGUACGCAAAUUGUCACAGUUACAACAACAGCCAAUUAUUUAUAUGGGAAGCCUGUGAAAGGAGAAGUGAAGCUUCGGUAUUCAUAUGGACUUCUGUCACUUCUUCAGGAUGAAUUUUUCCAAGAGUUGGUCGAUGGCAAAGUUAAGAGCAAUAUACGCCUACCUCCAAACCAAGUUCCACUGAAUACUCCAUUUAAUGUAAGUGCUGAAGUGAUUGAAUCAAAUUCUGGAAUCUCAGAAACAAAGGAAGACACGUCAGCCAAAUUUGUCUAUUCUCCAUACAAAUUUGAUGUAUCUGACUCGCAGACAUAUUUCAAACCAGGCCUUCCUUAUACAGUCAACGUAGAAACACUAUAUGCAAAUGGAUCCAGUGCUCAAAAUAUCCCUUUCUACCUGGAAUACAUGGCUACAACCAGAACACGCAGGAAGGAAUCUUUUAAACAGUUAUAUGAAACCCCAGGAAGUUUCAAGCAAUGUGUUAUCCAGACAUCACGUUUCUGGAUAGAAUUCACAAUUACAUUGACCUCAGCUGACCAGCGUCUAGACUCCAGUGAUCAAAUCAAGGAACAGUGGCUGGUUUUGGCUUCAAAAUCAGAGACGGGCACUUACUUGCUUCUGUCACUUAACACAACAUUAGAUGGAUUCACGGUUGGUGAUUUCAUCACUAUGCAAGUUACGACGUCAAGGAUAUACUAUAAGACAUCACUUUAUUAUAUGAUUAUAGGCAAAAGCAAGAUUUUAAAGUACGACAUUCUCCCAUACAAUAACGGAAGAUGGCAGAUUAGCUUUGAGGUCACCAGUGACAUGAUACCCGUGGGGAGAGUAAUUGCCUAUUAUGAACGCCGGAAUGAGAUUGUGGCUGACUCUCGAUCUUUUAACGUCCUUGACAUUUGUGGCAAACCAGAGGUCAGUAACUCGAUUUUGUUCCUCCUAUAA